AGAAAGGGGGGAGGGGAACCUUCUCGGCAGCAUGAAGGAGGAUUCUCUGGAAAAAGAAUUGCAACAGCACAGGAAUUGUUCGUACAUGGUGCAUUUUGUAGCUCAGAUUGCUGGGACAUGCAGAUGACUCCUGAUGGUCCAGGGAAACGAAAGCCAUAAAUGCUAGCUGUUUAGUCCCCUGCCAGUUUCUCUACAAGCAACCCUUGCUGUUUCCCCCAGGCGUCCGUCCUGCUGAUGCUCCCCGACCACAGGCGGGAGAUGGAUUUCUGUAAUGUUGCAGAUCGAAUGCAAAGGAAAUGGCUAGGAAGAAAGUUCGACAGGGCACCGCUUUCUGGAGCUGGAGCGGCUGUAGAGAGCAGUGCUCUGGGUAGCCAGCCAUGAUCGCCACUGGAGGCCUCCUGAGGAUCUCAGCUAGGAAGCAGGACCCCUUGCGACCCCAAAGCCAAGCCCCCAAACGCAAACGUAAGACCAAGAAGAAACGCAAGAAUGAUGUGGUGGUGGUGAAAGGCAAGCUCAAGCUGUGCUCCCUUUCGGGGCUCAUUGCCCUCUGUGGCAUCCUGGUACUGCUAGUGGGCAUCGCCUUGGCGGUGGUGGGCUACUGGCCCAAGCCCAGCCAGGUAUACAGAGAAGGUGGCGUCAGUGGGGGCAGACACCUGGCAUCGCAGGGUGGCACCCCCAGGAACCGCUCUCGCAGCCAGGAAGGGGCACAAGCAGACAUCCAUCCAGAGUCACCCCCCAGAGCCAGCUCCUCCACCACCGCUGCCACCCGGGGGUUCCCGCAGUCCCGUCCCACUUCCUCAUCCCCCCAGGCCUCCGUGGGUUUCCUUUUCCGUCUUUUCUCAAGCUACUUGCAUUCAGACAAGCUGAAGGUGCUGGGCCCCCUCAUCAUGGGUAUCGGCAUCUUCCUCUUCAUCUGUGCCAAUGCGGUAUUGCACGAGAACCGCGACAAGAAGACCAAGAUCAUCAACCUGCGUGACCUCUACUCCACUGUUAUCGAUGCCCACAGCCUGCGGGCAAAGGACGGAGGCACCCCGGCCUCAGCCCCUCUCAACGGCUUUGUCAAUUACGUGCAGUCCCGGGGCCUGGAGCUAAAGCCUGGUGGUGAAGGCCUGGGGGCCACGGCCAUGCUGGCCAAGAGCUCCUGGCCGCCAGGGCUGGGUGCUUCCCUUUCUCCACCUGACCUGGCAUCCUCGCCACGGCGUUCCUCCUUCUGCACCCCACCGCAGCCUCCCAGCCUGGCCGAGGCCGUGUACAGCAUCUACCGGGAGCGUGCUGCCCUUACUGGCCGCACCUUCACCAGCCCACCCUGCAGCCCACCGGAGAGCUGGGGCCAGCGCAGCACGGCCAGCUCCAUCGUUGGCUCUUCACUGAGUGCUUUCACCCUUCUGCCCUUGGCACAGAGUGGCGGAGGGGGAGGCUGGCGGAGGCCCCCUGGUGAGCGGGGAGCCCGGGAGAUCCAACGGGGGGAGUUUGAACUGAGCCUGACUGACCUUAGCAGCAGCCACGUCAAGGGAGGCUACGGGACAAGGAGGCACAAGCUGGUUCUGAGGCGGCAGAGCACCAGCUGCUUGCCUGAUGCUAGGCGUCCCCUUUCCCCCGAGCCACCUCGGUCUCCAGCUGUCAGCAGGGCCCUGGACUCCAGCCUCUUGGCAAAGGCAUCUUCUAGCUACUCCAAAUCUCUGGAUCUGGGGGGUUCACCCCCCUCCACUCCCCCUGCCGUCACCAGGACGGACUCUCAGAGCUCUCAGUCUGAUCCUUCCAGCAGCAAUAAGGGCUACAGCCACCUGGAGGAGGCUGGCACCUCCUUGGAGUCAGUUGCCAACAUCCCAGCCAGUAAAAUCCAGGACUGUGAGGAGGAACCGGGUGAGAAGACAGACCCCCUCAAGGCUACCAGCAGAGAACAAACAGGGGAGCAAUCUCAGCAAACGCAAAGACAGUACACAAAUAAAGAGAAACUCUUUAUGAUUUCUAGGUCGCACACGGCAUUAGGGCUGGAGGAUGGGGAACUGGAGAGUACUGGCAUCUAAACGAAACAGAGAAGGCACGAGGACACCUUGCAACCCUCCACACCUUUCCCCACUUCUCCAAUGUUUUUGUGGACUUAAGAAACCAAUCAAUAUCCAAAGAGCUGCAGUAUGUCACCCUUGAAAAUUGAAUUCAAUAAAUCCUAUAGGUGACUUCAGGAAGAAAAAGAAAAUCCUUCUGUCCGAUUGUGAUUGUAUGUUCCAUGCAAGCCAAAUUGUAUUAAAUAUCCACAGUCCAAUAAGUUCUUCGGAUCAGAUUAAUACAGUUUCGGACAGUAUAACUGUGCACUUUACUUGUCUUGAUUUCCAAGUGCCCCUUCUUCUCCUCUGAUUUCUUUCUUGCUGAUUUGCCACUAACUGCUUGAAAACUGCAGGCACCUUUUAAGCUCAAGAGCAACAUGGUCUUCAGAUCAAGAAAGCUGAGCUCUCUCUUUGUUUUGGUUCAAUCACUCUAAAAAGUUUGCAAGGCCUUAAGGAUGACGUACCUUGACAAAGAAUGAGUUUGUUUAAAUUCUGGAAAAAUGACGUUUUAGAAGAGACUGGAGCGGAACAGAGCUCUGAUAAUUUAGUUAAAACCAUUACAUUCUGAAUCCAAAAUACCUACUACGACGUGAUACUUUAUUAAGUAUUAUUACACAUGUAUUGACUAAUAGCAUUAAAGGCUUUUUUUAAUAAAACAUUUACAAACAAAACUGAGAGACAAACAGUCCUUAUUUUGGUAAGUACAUACAGAAACCAGAAACCUCUGUUUUUAUACUGUGAAUGAUGAUAGAGAUGCUACAAGGCUAAAGUUGUUUAUGCUUUUAAGUGGAUAAUAAUAAUUUCGGAGUAGUUUCAAACAAAAUAGUGGUUCUGACUCUGAGAAACUGCCCUUUAGUUCAGGCAGCAGAUUCUGUGUGCAUUUCUAAGAGUGCUUUGUGACAGUGGAAGAAAUGUGAGAUUUAGACAUGCUAAGGAAAAAAAAUAAACGUUUGAACCGAUCAAAACUCUAUUUUGUGAGUAUAUUGCAUUAAUUCUCAAACUGCAGCAUGUUUUUCUCUGGAUUUUUCACUCACAAUUGUUGUUUUAAGCCUUCCUGCUGUUAAGGGUUUCCAAUUUAUGAAUGCAUGUGCAUAAGCUUAAUUUUAAAGCAUAAUGAAGGUCCUGAAAAUCUCUUAGCUAUUCUCCUAUUGAAGUAAUGGAUGUUUCUCACUGACUCGAUGCGGUGACAGUUUCUUCAUGAGUGAGGAAAAUCAAGUUUCCUUAAGGCUGGGCCUAUGCAAUAUCGUCUGUGGGCAGAUUUUUAGUAAAUUGAUGAGUUGUUUCAUUUUCAUACCUGCAACAUGACAGCCAUCUUUUAUUUUGCUAAAGCAUCUAGCUUUAGCAAUCAGAAGAUUUUGUCAAUAUUUCAGAUUUCAAAUACGAAUGUGGCAUUUCAUCGGUACAAUAGGAGAAACUGACAUUAAACAAAUACAGUGUGUAGGCAGGAAAUAGUUUUUCUGUUGCAAUUAAAAUUUUUGUUAUGGUUUCAUGUUUUAAAAUGUUUAGUUAUAUUAUUUAAAUACUUAUUACAGUACAUUGCAAAAUUGAAUAUAACUGUCACAAAAUGCAAUGCAAAGAGUAAUCCAGCAAAAUUCUUUAUUAAAUAAGGCUGAUUUAAAGAUAUAUAUAUAUAUAUAUAUAUAUAUAAUAAUAAUAAAUGAUUUGCCAUGUCAGAAUUCCUAAAGUGGGGAAGCAGAAAGUGCUUGUUCCCUUGAGCAACGGAGACAUCCAGAUGGCUAUAUCUUUUCUCCUGUCGGUGGCAACCAGUAAAAUGACAACACGAACAUCAGUACGACAUUUUUUGCUGUCAAACUGCUAGCACACAGCUGGCAAAAAAUGUUUUAAAACUGCAGGGACUGGAGGGGAUUGAUGAGGCCCCACAUGGAGUGGUUGGCCUUCCCUGUGAGAAGGGCAGCUUAGCUGGAACUGACGUUCACACAGUUCUUUCAUUUCAGUUCCAAAUCAGCAAUGGACCUGCACUUCUGCUCAGUGCUCCUCCUGUGAUUCCCAGCAGAUUUAUGAGAUGUAUCUGAGCAGUGUUACCUGGUGCUGACAGAGAUGCUGAUGGCAGCGUUAUUUACACAGGUGAAGAUACCCUGUUAUUUUCCACAUGAAAACUUCAUAGAGGUGCAGGGAAAGAGGCUAGUCAUGGGAGGCUGCUUCCAUGGGAGGAUGAGGUCCUCUUGAAAGCAUAACAGGUUAUUUUAUUCUGAAGGGCAGACAGAAGUAUUUUAUAUAUAUGUAUAUAUAUAUAUAUGUAUUAUCAGUAAAUAUUUCUUCAGUCAAUCUGAAUUUACAGGUGUGCUCUGAAAAAAAAACACACAACUUUAAAAAGCCUCUGGGUAGCUCCUUAGACUAAUUUAAAAUAAAGCAGUCCAGUAAUUCUUCUGCUGAUUAGUUUUCCACAAAGCUUUCUGAAUAAUAAAAUUACAGUAAACUUUGUUUUUAAUAAGUACAUUUUUGGCUUUUCCCUGUGUUGCCAAGAAAAAGGAGAUUUGAAACAUGAACUUCCAUCAGUCAAGCUGGAUUUUUAGAACAGCAGCUAGAAGUGAUUUGUAACAUACACAUUAAUAAGCAGAUAAAGCCUCUCUGCAAGUAAUAAAAAAAAACUCUCUCCUUAGUUUUAUGAAUGUAUUAAUCAAAUGUAUUUGUUGAACAACAUAUGCAGUGGUGGAUUUGAAAUCAGAAAACUUUGUUUAAAAUUCAAGAUGGGCAAAUUAGUUUAACGCAUCAGUAUUGGAAAAUGGGUGAGAAAUUCAACUCUUGUGCAUGACGUGUGACUGCUCGCAGUACCAUCAGCUUUGGAGAGAAACAGAGGUUGAUGAGGACCUGAACCUUUCCUAAUGACACCAGCAGGAGAUGUGAGUGCUCAGUUUUGUGCAUUAACCUCUUCUUGAUCCUCUCCCAAUUGACCCUGACUGCUUCUCAGGACUGCCAGACUGCCGUUUGGCUAUCGUUUGCUCCUUUUACUUUUGCUUAUGCAUUUUCCUCCAAUCUAGUCUCUUACUUUUAACCAUCUUCUUCCUGCCACCAAGUGCUUCCUCCACAUGCCUUGUCAAGAGCUGAGACGUUGCUUCUGCUUACCGGUAUCUACCUGCCUACAUGUUGCAGAAAGAGUGUACAAAAUACUUUUUAGGAUGGAAUUGUUAAACUGGAAUACCCAGGCAUAAAUUCUUAUUAUGGAAAACAAACAAACAAAAAAAAUAAAUAGCUUUUGGUACAGAGAUGUUUCCUUUAGCAUAGAAGAAGUGCUCUGAUGCUUAUAUAAAAUUUCCAGAGGAAAAGAUAAUUUCUGCCUGAACUCUCAGAGCAUUCCCAUCACUAGGUACAACUAGGUACAAGGCUGCAUCUGUGCAUUAUGAGUAUAGAUGCUUGGACAAGUCUGAGGACAUAGGCCAAUGCCCUCAACGUGCUUCAGUUGUGCUGCUGUUUAUUAAUCCUCAGGACUCUAGAGAAGCUACUCACAUGAUCAUAUUGUAACCCAGUUCUGGCUCAGUUUUCACUGUCUAACAAAAUAUUUAAAAUCCUUGUCUUAACCUGGCUCGCUUGACUCAGCUGAUCUGCUGAACACUUCCAGAAGCAGCUCAGCUGACAGACCUCAGCAGGUGGCAAAAAGGGCAGGAGUACCAAGAGCGAGGAACGAGGGGGAGACAACAUCACCCCCCCCCAUGCAAAAGUGGCUCACACUUUUGGCCAAGUGGUGAAACGGUUUCUGUUUCCCAAAUCAGAGGAAAGGAGUUUGAGUGCUGUAUUGUGAGGGGGUGACACAGUGGUUAUCAACCACACAUAAAAGGGAAAGCAAAUGUUUGUCUUGAGUGGGAUGUGUUCAGGUAUAAAUACAGACGCAUUUAGGGAAACAUCCAAGGUUCGUAAAAGGUGUUUAAUGCAAGUUUUGAUACACUUAAGUCUAUUAGGAACUGUAUUUGUAAACUCUAACCCUUGUAUCCAACCGUUGCCAUAUCAGUUGUUCUACUACAAAAGACAAUAGCCCAGAUUUAUUGCACUGUAUUAUUUAGAUACAUUUUUAACAGCCUUUUCAAGAAAUCAUGCUGUCCAACAGUGAGUAAUAGUGCAUGUACAAACAUCUAAUUAGAUAACUAUUAACCUAGUUGUAAGUCUGCAGGCUGUGAUAGAAUACUUCCAUAAUAGCCAAAACAGUUUCAAAAUGUACACAGAACAUGACUUCAAUUAAACAAUUUUUAUUAAAAGUAAUGGAGUUGACACAAUAACUGAUAAAAAUUAUUGGAUUCCAAUGUGAUGAAUAGUCUUUGAUAAAAUGUAGCAGUUUUUCUUUCUAAACAAGAAUAUAUUCAAGUGGAUGCAAUAAAACAGGACUAUUUAUAGUGAGAAAUGAAAAUUGCUCAUCAUGUAAGUAGAUCACCAAUUAAUGCUUUGCAUCAUUAACAUAUUUCAGUCUCUCAAAUUUCUCUUUCCAUAUGAAAAGAUGAAGAGAGAAAGAAAGUAACACCCAAUCUCUGGCCGUAACCAAGCCAGAAAUCAGACUUCGGUACACAAAAGGUACAAAAAAUACAAGUUCUCGGUGGAAGCUGACAAUUAAAAUCUUAAAGUAUCUAGGUUGUGCCUUGUUUUUUCUUCUUCUAAAGAAAGUACAUCAAACUUC